AAGAGAAAUGAGAGAGUGUAUUUCGAUUCAUAUCGGUCAGGCCGGUAUUCAGGUUGGCAAUGUUUGCUGGGAGCUUUAUUGUCUCGAGCAUGGCAUUCAGCCUGAUGGCCAAAUGCCAAGUGAUAAGACUGUUGGUGGAGGAGACGAUGCUUUCAACACCUUUUUCAGCGAAACUGGUGCCGGAAAGCACGUUCCUCGCACUAUAUUUGUUGAUCUGGAGCCUACUGUUAUCGAUGAAGUUAGGACUGGAACGUAUCGUCAGCUGUUCCACCCUGAGCAACUCAUCAGUGGAAAAGAAGAUGCUGCCAACAAUUUCGCCCGUGGCCAUUAUACGAUUGGAAAAGAGAUUGUUGAUCUCUGCUUGGAUCGCAUCCGAAAGCUCGCUGAUAACUGUACCGGACUCCAAGGGGUUUUGGUUUUCAAUGCUGUUGGUGGUGGUACUGGUUCUGGCCUUGGAUCUCUUCUCUUGGAGCGUCUCUCUGUUGACUAUGGAAAGAAGUCAAAGCUUGGUUUCACUGUGUAUCCUUCACCUCAGGUUUUUACAUCUGUUGUAGAGCCUUACAACGUUGCGCUGUCCACUCAUUCGCUCCUUGAGCACACUGAUGUUACUGUGCUUCUCGAUAAUGAAGCCAUAUAUGACAUCUGCAGGCGUUCUCUGAACAUUGAACGACCCACUUAUACCAAUCUUAACCGCCUUGUCUCUCAGGUUAUCUCAUCUCUUACUACCUCUUUGAGGUUUGAUGGAGCUCUGAAUGUGGAUGUGGCCGAGUUCCAGACUAACCCGGUUCCCUAUCCCAAGAUUCAUUUUAUGCUUUCCUCCUAUGCACCUGUUAUUUCAGCUGAGAAGGCUUACCAUGAGCAACUAUCAGUGGCUGGGAUCACCAACAGUGCUUUUGAACCCUUUUCCAUGAUGGCCAAAUGUGACCCACGCCAUGGAAAGUACAUGGUUUGCUGCCUCCUGUACCGAGGUGAUGUUGUGCCCAAAGAUGUGAAUGCAGCUGUGGCCACCAUCAAGACCAGAACGAAGGUUGUUGAUGGGAAUUUUACAGACCAGAGACGACAGCCUACUCAGCAGCAGCAGAAUUUUCAUGCGACUGGAGCUGCACCAAACACGGGAUCACCUCGAUAUGAACAGUCAUAUGCUCAAGGCACAGGUCCUACCUGGAAUGGUCAAUUGGUUCUACAACAGCAGCCCUCUUCACCUGUCUAUGGUGCUCAGAGAAGUGGCUUGCUACCACCAUCACUCUGGAAAGCACAGGCGACAGACUCUAGCCCAGUUGCGGGUGUUCAAUAUCCUCAGUCAAUGGUUACUCAAGUUAGUGUAACACAUGGCCAACCUCAAGGACCUCAACAUAUGAGAAGUGAUCGGGUGGUGGGUACGUACAUUCAGCCAAUCACAACCGGUCAUUUGUCAGCAAUUAAUAACGAGGCUGUUCAGGGAAAUCGGUUCGCUGGUUUUCAUCCUCAACCAGUUCUGGGAGCACAGUAUAUGGACAUACUUUCACAGCAAAUGGCUCCUAUGUAUCCUCGACAAAUGUAUGGCAAGUCAAGAUAA